AUGUCAAACUUAGCGGAUGCUGCCCCUCCUCUUGCCAAGCGACCGAAGCUAGAUACCCCAGCAGUGCGAGCAAGACCGAGCAAUGGUCAGCAGAGCAAACGCAACAAAAAAGCCAACAAGAAGCAGGACAAAGUCAAGCCGGGCGGCUCAGAGGAAGCGACACUGUACCAUGUCAUCGAAUUGCUAGGCGCAGACAAGGUCGUAACGCUCACUACGGCCGGCAAAGACCUGAACGGUUCGCACCGGUUCACGCAAUUUCAGGAGAUUGAGCUUGACAUUAUCGAGCUCAGCUCACAUGGAGAAGGACUGGGCGUGACUCAGGAGGGCGAGUGGGUCGUCGCUGCGCCCUUUUGCUUGCCAGGAGAGCGCAUACGUGCCAAAGUCGUUCGGCAUGCUCGCUUGCAUUCCUACGCAGAUCUCGUCGAGGUCAUCACGCCCAACCGCGGCACCAACGGUCGCGACGAGUCUCGCAUCAAGUGCAAGUAUUUCACACAAUGCAACGGCUGUCAGUAUCAAAUGAUGGACUAUACCGCCCAGCUUGACCACAAGCGGCUUGUCGUCGAACGUGCCUUCAGACACUUUUCGAAGCUGUCGAGCGAACUGAUACCAACGAUACAAGCGACGUUACCCUCACCGGAGCAAUACAAGUACCGUACUAAGCUCACGCCGCACUGGGAGGCUUACGCCCCGACGCACAAAGAGAAGCUACCCAUCGGUUUCAAUACUGCUGGUCGUCGUCGCCUGAUCGAUAUCGAAGAAUGUCCGAUAGCAACCGAUACCAUCAACAAGGCAUACACAGCAGAGCGAGCGAAAGUCCUAGCCAAAGCCACGACAUAUAAGCGGGGAGCGACGAUGCUGUUGCGACAUUCGUUACCACCACGUACACGAGCAGCUGGAGCAGCUGGCACAAGCAAGACCGAGGUGGGCGAGAUCGAGACGAGUCAAGAAGAGGCAAAAGACGCACCGGUAUGCGUGACUGAUUCCCAUCAUCUCGUCCGAGAGCGCAUCGCGGGUAAAGAUUUUGAAUUCAAUGCCGGUAGCUUUUUUCAAAACAAUAACGGCAUCCUUGACUCCCUGGUCAACUAUGUUGGCGAGCAGCUGACAACCCUCACGUCCGGUGAGAGUGGUGUAAAGCUUCGCUAUUUGAUCGACGCCUAUUGCGGCUCCGGCUUAUUCGGUCUGGCGUUGGCGCAUCACUUUGAAGCCGUAGCAGGCGUCGAGAUCUCGUCGGAUUCUGUCAAGUAUGCUCGUCACAAUGCCCAACUUAACGGAAUCAGCAAUGCGACCUUCUUGGCAGGUAAAGCGGAAGCUAUCUUCGAAGGCGAUCUGCUCAAAUCGUACGCCAAGGACGCCACGACCGUUUUGAUCGAUCCGCCUCGUGCAGGCUGUGACGACGCCUUCCUCGAGCAAUUACUCGCUUUCGACCCUGCAGUGAUUGUGUACGUCAGUUGUAACGUGCACACGCAAGCUCGCGAUAUCGGCUACUUGGUCAAUAAGAGCGAGCAGCGAUACAGCAUCGCAAGCAUCCGAGGGGCAGAUCUGUUCCCCCAGACGUACCAUUGCGAAGGCGUCGCAGUCUUGCGCCGCUCGAUAGAUGUAGGAGCAAAUGCAUGAUGCGUUGCGAGUACAUGUACAACAGACAGGAGACAUUGGUCGUACGAUGCGGUGCGGCUUUACGAGUUGCGGUCUAGAUUGUCUCGGCCCAUCCUCUGAGAUCGACUUCUGCUGUGCUUGCUUUCACGAGCCAGCGAUGUUUCUGCGUCGCCCAAUUUGGCAAUCUCGCAGAAAAGGACGUUAUGGGACUCACAAGAAGUUGCUUGGGAGUCGGACGCUUCUCGACGACUUUCUCGAGACAUGCGCCAAUGAAGCUCUCGAUCUCGCGAGGGAAUUUGCCAGCAGGCAGCGUUGGCGCGGGCUCAUUGACGACGUGCUGUAGCAACUCG